AUGUCAGCUGUGAUAUGCGUGGGUGAUAAAAGAUUGCCAGGCUGUCCUCUCCUGGGCUUUUCUCACCAACUGGCUCUAGUUGUUAGUAACAUUGGUGUUUUUACCACCUCUUUCCCUUCCUGUCCUACCACCUCUUUCCCCUCCUGUCCUACCACCUCUUUCCCCUCCUGUCCUACCACCUCUUUCCCCUCCUGUCCUACCACCCUUUCCCCCUCCUGUCCUACCACCCUUUUUCCUCCUGUCCUGCCACCUUUCCCCUCCUGUCUUACCACCCCUUUCCCCCCUCCUGUCCUACCACCUCUUUUCCCCUCCUGUCCUACCACCUCUUUCCCCUCCUGUCCUACCACCCCUUUUCCCCUCCUGUCUUACCACCCUUUUCCCCCUCCUGUCUUACCACCCUUUUUCCUCCUGUCUUACCACCUCUUUCCCCUCCUGUCCUACCACCUCUUUCCCCCUCCUGUCCUACCACCCUUUCACAUGUCAGGGAGAUGA